UUUCAAAAUUUCUGUCUAAAUCGGAAUCCAUCUUAUCUAAGAUCCUUGAAGCUAUAUAAUUUACAAGCGUUUUUCCGUUGACUUCCUGUACUCUAGAGAAAUGGAUAUAUUUCCUGGAUUUGGUGCGUGGAUCAAUCAAAACACUCAACAACCUCUUAGAAAGGCCGAGUCUUCCAAGAAAUCUGAAAAAGUUAAAUCUAAGUCAGCGUCAGAGAUAAAUACUCACGAGGAAAGAGACGAUACUAAUGAACAACUAAAACUUUGGAGAGACGCAGAGAAGAAGGCGCCAUGGCAUGAUGCCCCUCCUAAGGUGAAGGUGGCAACACAAGAAGGUAUCUGCGUUAUGCAGAUGGAAUUUACAUUAGGAUUGCCUCCUCAAGCAGCUUACAACGUUUUAACUAAUCCAAACAACCAACCAUACUCAAGAAACAUCAAGAAGCGCCGACUUAUGGAAAACAUAUCAAGAAAAGUUGUGUCGGAAGAUGAACCAGGGCCAAUCGUGGAGGUGGAGAAAGCUGUGCCUGUGGUCUGGAACUUCCUUUCGUUCCCAAUAAGUCUAGUUUUCGCCGAAAACCGAAAACAUCAUUCUGGAGUAUAUGACAAAAAGAAAAUUAUGUUCAUGAAAAUGUUUGAGGGACACUGGAAAGUGGAGCCAGUAUAUGUAGAUUCUGUACGGUUGUGCAAGCACAUGAAGCCGAGGACUCGAGAAGAAUACAGAAAAUGUAGCGGUGGAGAAGGAAAGAUCGCAUCGAAGGUGACAGUAGCUGGAGUCUUUCAGCCUUCUUCUAUUUUCAAUCUGCCACCUCUUUCUUGGUACAUUCGUGGAUUCACCGUCAAGACCACCAAGACUCUGCUCCAAGAUUUUCAAAACUUGGCUGCCUCGAUCCGAGGUGUUUGAAACACACCAAUUCAUGUAGUCUCCAACAUUUUCAAAAUUUUGGUAGUGUUUUAAAACCCACUUUAUUGUAAAAUCUGGAUAGCAGAAUACUAAUCUUCAAAUUCAAAAAUAAAAAUCGAAGACAAUGUAAGAUAUAUUAUCAAUAUGACCAUGUUUACUU